AUGUCUCGCGCGUCGGGCACGAGCUUCGCGCAGUUUUUCCCGUCAGCUCCGCGGGCGGCUAAGGUUAAGGCGAAGGAAAGAGAAAAGAAGUCACAGGCCCUGGAAGCAUCACGGUCGUUGGUCGAUGUUAAGGCGUCUAUAAUAAAAAAACAUAUCGACAGCUCCUCUGCUCUUACUAUCACCGAAAAUAUCAUCCCAGCCGCGGAGGUUGUAGUACAUCAAGUCGAAGAUAGUGAGUCAACUCACGACGACAUUAACGAUGUCGGCUCAGCAAGCUCUCAUGCGAGCUCAGUUUUCAGUGGGCCUGGUCAACAGCAAAAUAUUACAACCAAAGACAGUUCUCGUCAAAUUAUGACACCACUCACGAAUACUAAUUCCUCACCUCCAAAUGGCCCGGUCAGCCCAAACCAUCAAAAGCCAGCUCCUCCUCUCCUAAGCUCGGCAACACCCGAAGUAAACCUCGUUCAAAAGAUAGUGGUACAAGAAGCUCCGCAAAUAAUACGUGUGCACGCUAGAGAACCUGGUAAAAAAGUUAAAGGCAAUAUUUGUUUAUAUGAUCCCCUGCUCGAUAAAAAGCUAUCCUCAAGCGAAAGAAAAAAGGUCAAACCCAUCUACAAGGAAUUUGGUCUGGAAGAUGACGCUCCCCCGGCGGAUCCUCGGCUUGCUAAAAUCGGAGGUAAACUAGAUUAUAUUAAUGUCGACUUUCAUAAUCCCAAAUCUCGUCUACGCCACGCGCCGUAUCUAAUCAAGCCUUACGAAUACGACCCGAUGACAUCUCUGGGGCCAGGUCCACCGACCCAAGUUGUUGUAACAGGAUUCGAUCCACUACACAGCUUCUCAAAUGUAUCUGCGAUAUUUUCAAGCUAUGGAGAAAUCGCAGAAAGUAGCAAUAAGUUACAUCCUGAUACAGGUAGCUGUCUUGGUUUCGCGACUUUUCGUUAUCGGGAUUCUAGGAAGGGGCAUGGAGGCAGAUUUGUAUCUGCAAUUGAAGCCGCGAAAGCAGCUGUGAAGCAAGGCUCAGCUAUGAGAAUUGGUCAACAAAAUGUAAGGGUUGAUUUUGAUCCUGAGGGGAACCGAAGUCGACGAAUGAUGCAGAAUUUCCUAAAACAAUCAGUCUUCAUACAGCCCCCACCUCCGAAAGAAAUACAACUAAUCCCAAAGUUAAUCGAGCCAGCCAAGGCACCUAUAAUCGGCCCACCGCCAACUGCUCCUAGAGGCCCAUCAUCAUUCAGACAAAUCUUUCGUCCUCUGCCACCGCCAGUGGCCGUCCCAAUAAAUACCACGUACACUGCAGCUACUGCAGUGCCCCUGAGCCUUCGAACCCGCUGGAUAGUGGAAACAAUACCGAUACGCCCCCAGAUCAGGACUGAGCCUUUUUUGUUCAUAUCUGGAGAAUCAGUGCCCGUCAUGACUUCGACGCCGGUACAUAUGCUUAAACGCAUGAAGCACUUCAAUGUAGAAGAGCUCCGAAUUGACAAAAGUGGUUAUUUCAUAUUCUUUGCUACCACCAUUAUGGGCAGAGUUGAUUGCGAGAGAUGUGGUAAUGCUUUAAACGAAACCUUGAUGUUUAACUACAAAAUGAAUAUUCAAUCUUUUCCUCUAGGGAAUUCUACUCCACCGACACAAAAACAAGUUCGCCCGAUUCCAGAAGCUACGCAAAUCAGUAAAAUCGCUACAGUUGAGAAUCCUCUGACCACCGGAGCACAACGUGAUGCGGAAAUCCAGCGCCUGGAAGAUGAGAUCGAUUUUGAGGAAGAAAAGAGAGAGCGAGCCAAGAACUUCGACCCUGCCCGAGAAGCUAUUAAUGUUAUUCGAAGGGAACUAAAAGAACAACUCCUUGGGAACAUUAGAACUAACAUUGCAACCCCAUGUCUCCACAAAUUCUUGGAUCCAUCUAACCAUACAAGUAAGCGAAGAAGGCUUAAUAUUCCGGACCCUACAGAUUUACGAUUAACAUUUCGAACUGAAGAGGCUAGUUCUGGAGGUGCGCCUGAGAUUGAUUCACUCAGCCACCGAUCCGAAAUUCGACCUGGACCUUUCGGAGUAUCGGCGUUACCGCGUAUUCGUAAAGCUAAGAACGCAAACAAAAGAACAAAUGUUGGAUUUCAAGAUCCUUUUGCCAGAGCUAGAAGUCAGAAGCGAAAGGCGCCUUUGUACCGAUCUCUAGUCAGCUUAUUAUUGGAGGACUCCGAUGAUGAAGUUGAGACCUGCUCUCGUGCCCCAGAUAACCACGAGCCUGAAUCGCGUCCACGAAGUAGAGUGAGCACUGAGGACGAGGCAUCUGAAGAAGAAACAGAGGACUUGCCCACAGCUAAAAACAUAGAUGUUAAACCUGAAGAUGCAUCUAUUGAUACAGUAGCAGUUGAUAAUUCGAUGGGCAAAAACUUGCUUGAUGAUAAGCAAAAUAUUUCUGUCGCGAUUAAGCGAAAAUCCGAAUCUCUAAAUCAACCAUCCACAAAACGACUUAAAAAAACGGACGAGGAACUCUUUGGAGUUGCCGCAAACAAGAUUGAACAAGAGUUUCCAUUAUUUUCUGAAAAUUAUCUGAAAGAGAACCUUCAACAAGAUAUUCAUGAGACUCUGCCAAUUGAAACUGUGAUUGAUAUUGUUACUACAAAACGUAAAAUCCCCCCUUCAAAGCCUAAAAAAUCUAAAAAGCAGAUAGCAUUCGAGCUUCGACAAGCAGAAGCUCUCGAGAAGCUAGAAGCCGCUCUCUCCGCUCAAAAACUGCCGUCUGCGAUAGAGGAACCCAAUGUUAACGACAAUUCCCCCUCAGAAACAAUCGUGGAGUGGGGUAUGUCCGGCAGUGAGCCUAGACCAGCUGUAGUUGACGAUUUUACAAAUAUCCUUGACCUGGAUGGCCUACAAGAUCUGAUCAAAGAUAAUGAGGACUGCUCCAUGUUAAAAGAAUGCUUUCCUUCAACAGAUCAAAACAGUAAGGACUGGUGGAAAACUUGGUGUUGGAAUCAGAAAGAGGUUAAAGCUCUUAAUCGAGAUGGAAAUAGUGGUACCAUCACAACAGAAACUAUCAUUGAGGGCUACUACGUACCUAACGAGACUGGAUGCGCCCGUACCGAAGGAACAAAAAGGAUUUUGAAUGCCGAAAAGUCUUUAUAUCUACCACAUCGGAUAAAAGUGCAAAAAGCUAGAGAAGCACGUGAAAAAGCUCAAGCAUUAAGAAGUGGUAGGGAUCUUGCAGCAGAAGCAGCGGAAGCACUAAAGGCAAAGAAAGAUAAGGCAGCCAAAAGCAAUACCAGAGCUACGCGGGUUAGCAAUCGUCGGUAUAUUGCUGAUCUUAAUGAUCAAAAGAAAACACUUGGUGGCGAAGGUGAUGUAUUCAGCUUUAAUCAGCUCAAGAAGCGAAAAAAGCCCGUAAAGUUUGCAAGGUCGGCUAUACACAAUUGGGGUCUGUACGCUAUGGAAAAUAUCCCAACUAAUGAUAUGAUUAUCGAAUAUGUUGGUGAACGAGUCAGGCAGCAAGUUGCCGACGGAAGGGAGAUGCGCUACCUAAUAAGUGGCAUCGGUAGUAGCUAUCUCUUUAGGAUCGAUGAAAACACGGUCAUUGAUGCGACGAAAAAGGGCGGCAUUGCCAGAUUUAUAAACCAUAGUUGCGUACCUAAUUGCACCGCUAAAAUUAUUACCGUUGAGAAGACAAAGCGAAUUGUCAUAUACGCAUUGCGUGACAUCGCUCAAAAUGAAGAACUUACAUAUGAUUACAAAUUCGAACGCGAAAUAGGGAGCACAGACCGUAUUCCCUGUUUAUGCGGUACAGAAUCUUGCAAAGGAUUCCUCAAUUAA